CAGAACUGCAGUCGAGUCUCUCCACUUCUGUCCAAAUAUAAAUGAAACUGAGUUCAUCAAGUCUUUCUCAACAACACAGCAGAGUCUCUGCCAAACACUGAUAUGUCUGCUGCCAGCUAUCUGAGAUCUGAAGAUCAGUUUCUGUGCUCCAUCUGUCUGGAUGUGUUCACUGAUCCAGUCACCACACCAUGUGGACACAACUUCUGCAAAAACUGCAUCAAUGAACACUGGAACAGUAAUGUCCAGUACCUGUGUCCACUGUGUAAAAAGGUUUUCAAUGUAAGACCUGAACUUCACAUCAACACUUUCAUCUCUGAGAUGGUUUCUCAGUUCAGACAGGAAGCUCAACAGAAAGCCAGCAGCAGCAGCUCAGAGCAACAAGCUGCCAAACCAGGAGAAGUUCCCUGUGAUGAUUGUACUGGAACCAAACUGAAGGCCCUGAAGUCCUGUCUGGUGUGUCUGACCUCCUACUGUGAGACUCACCUGGAGCCUCAUCUGACAAAGUCAGGCCUGAAAAGACAUCAGCUGAUGGACCCUGUGGAGAACCUGGAAGACAGGAUGUGUGUGAAGCACGAUAAACCUCUGGAGCUGUUCUGUAAGACCGACCAGACAUGUGUCUGCAUGCUCUGCUCUGUUUUAGACCACAAGACACAUGAGUUUGUUCCUCUGAAAGAAGAAUAUGAAGGAAAGAAGGCAGAGCUGGGGAAGACAGAGGCUGAAAUUCAGGAGAUGAUCCAGAAGAGACGACUGAAGAUUGAAGAGAUCAAACACUCAGUUGACCUCAGUGAGGAAGCUGCAGACAGAGAGAAAGCAGAAGGUGUUCAGGUCUUCACCGCUCUGAAGGAGUCUGUUGAGAGAAGCCUGAAUGAGCUCAUUGAGACGAUUGAAGAGAAACAAAGAACAACAGAGAAACAGGCUGAAGACUUCAUCAAAGAGCUGGAACAGGAAAUCUCUGAGCUGAAGAAGAGAAGCUCUGAGGUGGAGAAGCUCUCACACUCUGAAGACCACCUCCACCUCCUCCUAAACUCCCCGUCCCUGAAAGCUGCUCCACCCACCAAAGACUGGACAGAGGUCAGUGUCCGUCCAUCAUAUGAGGGGACUCUGGUGAAAGCUGUGGCUCAGCUGGAGAAGACGCUCAGUAAACAGAUACAGAAGCUGUUUGAGGCUGAGCUGAAGAGGGUCCAGCAGUAUGCAGUGGAUGUGACUCUUGAUCCUGAUACAGCACAUCCUGAACUCAUCCUGUCUGAUGAUGGGAAACAAAUAAAUCAUGGUGAUGUGUGGAAGAAUCUCCCAGACAACCCAAAGAGAUUUUCUCUUAGUUCCUGUGUGUUAGGAAAGCAGAGUUUGUCUUCAGGCAGAUUUUACUUUGAGGUUCAGGUUAAAGAGAAGACUAAAUGGACUUUAGGAGUGGCCAGAGAGUCGAUCAACAGGAAGGGAUCAAUCACACCGAUACUUCAGUAUGGUUUCUGGACUAUAUGUUUGAGAAAUGGAAAUGAGUACAUAGCUGGUAAUAACCCUCCAGUCCGUCUCUCUCUGAAGUCUCAGCCUCAGAAGGUGGGGGUGUUUGUGGAUUAUGAGGAGGGUCUGGUCUCCUUUUAUGACGUAGAUGCUGCAGCUCUUAUCUACUCCUUUACUGGCUGCUCCUUCAUUGAGAAACUCUACCCAUACUUCAGUCCUGGUGUUAAUGAUGGUGGAAAAAACUCUGCCCCUCUGAUCAAUUGUCCUGUCAAUCAAACUGAGUAGUUUAAUCAUUUGUUUUACAUUAUAAAAGGAUUAAAUGUUCUUGUUUACUGAAAAUUGACAAUAAAAUUAUUUCAAGAGCAUUUUAAUAUGUGUAUUCCAUUAACAUUGGGGUCUGUAGAUAAAAUGAAAUAUCUAUUCACAUCUAAAAAGUUUGUUUUUAAUUCUAGUCGAAAUCAAUCAACAUUUCCAAAGAAACCAAAAUGUUUCUGGAGCCACGUCUCAUUUUCUUGAUUUCAGUGUAAUGAUCAUUCAGACUUUGUCUUAUUUUAAGACAGCCGCUGAUUUCUGAAAUAAUACUUGAAACAAAACUAGAAUUAGGCAUUUGAGGUUCUUCUGGAUUUGGCAAAAGCUUUCGUAGAUCACCAAAAGAAACAAACAUGUCAAUUGAUCUCAGGUCCAUGUAAAGAUUCUCCAAUCAAGUUUCUUCUAAUUCUGAUUGAUUUGGUUACUGAUGUUUCAUAUUAUGUCGCUUUUAAUCACUGUUUUUCCAUAUUUAAGCUCUGCAAUCCUGUAAGAUACAUCUAGAAGUGAGUUUAAAUGCAUAUCAAAUGACAUCUAGACUACAUGAAUAUGAUUUCUGCAAUCUGUGUCUGUCAUUCAUUUCUUUAUAUUUUUAGUAGAAAUAAAACCUAAUGGGAAAAUCA